AGAUCUUCAAGCACAGAUUAGAGUAUAUGCGCCUGGAUCUGGCAUAAUUAAGUAGAUGGGGGAAUCCAAGAACAUGGUGUUGAAUGGCAGGCGGCAUGGCAGCAGAUUCUCCAGUGAUCUAUCCAUAACCUCGGCCAGGUCUCUGCGACAGAGCAAGGGCUCCUUUAGAAGCAGGAGAUGUAGUCGACGUAAGUGCUGUCCUUUGGCAAUGCUCACCACACAAUAACAGAACCAUAAAUGACCCCUUUCAGCUUCAUCAAUAAAUUACACUGCAGUUUUUCCUGAUUUUUAAAUGUUUUAAUUGUAAAAUAAAUAAAUAAAAUAAGAAUAUGACCCCCCCCCCCCCCCCCCCCCCCAAUCAUCUCCCUCUCUCUCACCUCAGGUGUCAGCAGUUCUGCCCUAGAGGCAGAGAGACGUCAUACCCCAUCGUCGGGUAUGACUGCAAAGGAGCUCUGUGAGAAUGAUGACUUGACUACAAGCCUUAUUCUGGACCCCUACCUCGGCUUCCAGACCCAUAAGAUGAAUAGGAGGUUUGUCUCUUUCUGGCUCACAAUUGUCCACAUUUGUCAUAUAAUGGCUUGUGCAUAAGUCAGCAGCCAAAGUUUCACAAUAUCUGGGGAGAUGGUUUACUUGUAUGGCCCAGACAAGGUUGCCUAUCACGUUAGACUAUGACUCGACGCACCGAAUGCAUUACAUUUGCAUUGAGAAUGGUUUGGAAAGUGGUUACGGAAUUGACUGUCUAUGGUGUGCUUUUAGGUUUCGACCCAUCAAGGACCGACAUAGACAUUUGAAGGAGGUGCUUGAGAGCUUUAAAAAACAUGACAACCUCGAGAAGGCCUUCCAUGCCUUGACUGCAGGGGACUGGUUAAGACACCACUUUCCCCACAAGACGAAGGCACAGGGCAAACUCUUCAAAGAGCAUGUAAGUUAUCUAGAAAUAUCCAUUGUUGAGAAAAAAGCAUGAACCAUCAAAACAAAGAUGUGAAAACUAUUUUUUUGUGUUUUGGCAGGUUUUUGUUUACCUACGAAUGUUUGCAACUAACAGUGGGUUUGAAAUACUUCCUUGCAAUCGUUAUUCCUCUGAGCAGAAUGGAGCCAAAAUUGUAGCAACAAAAGAGUGGUGAGUAUCCAAAUUAAAUUGUAGUAGUCUGAAUUUUGUUAUAACAAAAUGUUGCACUAAGUAUAUAGUCAUUUUUACAAACUCAAAUAUUCCUUAUUCAUAUUAUCCCAAGGAAAACAAAUGAUAAGAUAGAAUACCUGGUGGGCUGCAUCGCUGAGCUAUCGCAGAAUGAGGAAAGCGUGUUACUGCAACAUGGUGAAAAUGACUUCAGUGUUAUGUACUCCACCCGCAAGAACUGUGCUCAACUGUGGCUGGGACCUGCAGCCUUCAUCAACCAUGGUAUGCAUCCCCAUGCGCUUGACAACAACUGUAUCUGCCUCAUUCAACACACUUAUACUAUAAUUAAAAUACCUGUAUUAAGAGACUAAACAAAUGUUUUCUGGUUUUUCAGAUUGCAGGCCAACUUGCAAGGUAAGUAAUAACUAUGCCUACAAAUCAAAAGUAUUGUGGAAAAUGAAGUGAAUUGUGGAAAUAAAUAACACAUUUUUCUGUGUAUGUUAAUACAGUUUGUUUCCACUGGGCGAGAUACAGCUUGUGUCAAGGUUCUUGGGGAUAUUGAACCUGGGGAAGAGAUCUCCUGUUAUUAUGGCGAUGGCUUCUUUGGGGAAAAUAAUGAACUCUGUGAAUGCUACACCUGUGAAAGGUAUCAUUCAAUUCUUGAUUAAAUAUCAAACUUGUAGUUACUUUAUAUGUAGAAUAAUGAGUCAUACAUUGACUACGAUUUUGAGAUUUCACAUCUUGAUAAUUUCUACUCCCUUCAGACGAGGUGCUGGUGCUUUCAAAUCGAAGACUGGGCAGCCUAUGCCCACUCCGAUUAUCAACAGCAUGUAUGGCCUGAGAGAGACAGACAAACGUCUCAAUCGGCUGAAGAAACUAGAAGACAGCAAAUGCUCUGACAGUCAUUUGGAAGGCUCUAAUAUGGAUCCAGACUCUCAGGAAAAUCAUGACACACAUUCAUGUAAGUGCACCUUUGAGGUUGAGCAGGGAUUGACAUUAAGGGUUGCCCUAUUUCCUAGGCUAGGGCAAGUGAAUUGAGCAGUCACACAAGUUGAGACUGCUCUGUGGUUGCCCCAUUGAGCAACAACCAAAAUGCAAAGAAGUCCAGUAGCCUGAAACUUAUCUUUUUGGUUCCUCCCCAUUGUUUAAGUGAAAGACAGACCAUUUUGGCAUUUAUGGCAGCUGGGCAAGUUGUGGUUCCACUGUGAUUGCCACAGGAAAUUCAGUAAAUUUUUACUGAUAGCAACCAACAUACAAAGAUUUUGAGUAGUGAUCUUUCUGGUUCCUCCCUUAUGUGUAGGAGAAAGGCAUGAUAUAUAAAAGCAAGAUUACAUUUUCGUGAUCAAGUUUUUGUCACGUGCACAAGUACAGUGAAAUGCCUUUCUUUCUUAGUCUUUCUCAACAUUGAAGUCAAGUAUGACACAAAAAAAAUUUGAAAUAAGAAAGUAAGUAAGCUAUAUACAGGGUCACUUCCAGGGUCAGGUCAUUUACAAUGUGUAGGAGUGGUGGGGUAAGGUGACUAGGCAUCAACAUAUACAGUGGGGGGAAAAAAGUAUUUAGUCAGCCACCAAUUGUGCAAGUUCUCCCACUUAAAAAGAUGAGAGAGGCCUGUAAUUUUCAUCAUAGGUACACGUCAAGUAUGACAGACAAAUUGAGAUUUUUUCUCUCCAGAAAAUCACAUUGUAGGAUUUUUUAUGAAUUUAUUUGCAAAUUAUGGUGGAAAAUAAGUAUUUGGUCACCUACAAACAAGCAAGAUUUCUGGCUCUCACAGACCUGUAACUUCUUCUUUAAGAGGCUCCUCUGUCCUCCACUCGUUACAUGUAUUAAUGGCACCUGUUUGAACUUGUUAUCAGUAUAAAAGACACCUGUCCACAACCUCAAACAGUCACACUCCAAACUCCACUAUGGCCAAGACCAAAGAGCUGUCAAAGGACACCAGAAACAAAAUUGUAGACCUGCACCAGGCUGGGAAGACUGAAUCUGCAAUAGGUAAGCAGCUUGGUUUGAAGAAAUCAACUGUGGGAGCAAUUAUUAGGAAAUGGAAGACAUACAAGACCACUGAUAAUCUCCCUCGAUCUGGGGCUCCACGCAAGAUCUCACCCCGUGGGGUCAAAAUGAUCACAAGCAAAUAUCCCAGAACCACACGGGGGGACCUAGUGAAUGACCUGCAGAGAACUGGGACCAAAGUAACAAAGCCUACCAUCAGUUACACACUACGCCGCCAGGGACUCAAAUCCUGCAGUGCCAGACGUGUCCCCCUGCUUAAGCCAGUACAUGUCCAGGCCCGUCUGAAGUUUGCUAGAGUGCAUUUGGAUGAUCCAGAAGAGGAUUGGGAGAAUGUCAUAUGGUCAGAUGAAACCAAAAUAGAACUUUUUGGUAAAAACUCAACUCGUCGUGUUUGGAGGACAAAGAAUGCUGAGUUGCAUCCAAAGAACACCAUACCUACUGUGAAGCAUGGGGGUGGAAACAUCAUGCUUUGGGGCUGUUUUUCUGCAAAGGGACCAGGACGACUGAUCCGUGUAAAGGAAAGAAUGAAUGGGGCCAUGUAUCGUGAGAUUUUGAGUGAAAACCUCCUUCCAUCAGCAAGGGCAUUGAAGAUGAAACGUGGCUGGGUCUUUCAGCAAUGAUCCCAAACACACCGCCCGGGCAACGAAGGAGUGGCUUCGUAAGAAGCAUUUCAAGGUCCUGGAGUGGCCUAGCCAGUCUCCAGAUCUCAACCCCAUAGAAAAUCUUUGGAGGGAGUUGAAAGUCCGUGUUGCCCAGCGACAGCCCCAAAACAUCACUGCUCUAGAGGAGAUCUGCAUGGAGGAAUGGACCAAAAUACCAGCAACAGUGUGUGAAAACCUUGUGAAGACUUACAGAAAACGUUUGACCUGUGUCAUUGCCAACAAAGGGUAUAUAACAAAUUAUUGAGAAACUUUUGUAUUUUCCACCAUAAUUUGCAAAUAAAUUCAUUACAAAUCCUACAAUGUGAUUUUCUGGAUUUUUUUCCCCUCAUUUUGUCUGUCAUAGUUGACGUGUACCUAUGAUGAAAAUUACAGGCCUCAUCUUUUUAAGUGGGAGAACUUGCACAAUUGGUGGCUGACUAAAUACUUUUUUCCCCCACUGUAUGAUAAACAGAGUAGCAGCAGUAUAUACUGUAUGAUGAUUGUAUUUGAGAGUGUGUGUGUUUUGGUGUGUCAGUGUGAGUGCAUAGAGUCAUACACAAAAAUCAAAUAGAAGGGUCAAUGCAGAUCUUCUGGCAACUAAAAAAUACUCCUGAGCUACUAUUGGUCAAUUAUAAAACGUGACAUGCCGUACUUGCAUUAAGAACUGUAACAUCUUAUGCUAAAUACUAAUAUUAUAAUACAUUCCAAUUUUACAAUGAUUGUAUGUAGGUUGUCAUGUUUCACAAACUUUCGAUUUGACUGUUCUGCCAUUAUUUCUUAUUUCCUGUCCACAUCUUAGCUGUAGGGAGGACAGCCCGCUCUAGUGUGACAAGGCUCAGUGAAUCACAAGCCCUAAGCAGGCAAACUCUGUCCAAAAUGCCUAUCCCUACCUCAUCAUUCAAUCAAAGACACUCAAAGAACUCCAACGUGCCAAGGAGGCUAAAAUCAAAGUCCACAAUGCCUUUGCACAAGCUAGGAAGAAGGUGUCAGGCAACUGGCCACAAGUGCCCCAUUGAGGUGGAAGCUAUGGGUUUGUGCCUUAAGGACCCCACAGAAUUUGUCAGUAACAGGGUCUCACGAAAGAGAGAGAUGGAUAAGCAAGGGCCCAUACAAGUGGUGGGAACAAGGGGUGGUCUUGAGCACUAUACUGCGAAGGAAAACCAUCAGAAAUCAAUGAAAGAUGUUAGUAGGUGCCCUGAUGGUUUAGCUUGCACUCACAGAACUCGCAGUUCAACCAGAGCAUCAGUUGGCACACAGGGGUCUGACAACAUUAAACUUGAACCAAACUUGCCACCCAUCCACUGCGGUGGGGUUAUUAGUAAGACCAAGCCUACGGACCUUGGAGAUUGUGUCACAGACAGUCACUGGAUGAACAGCCCAAGCCUGGAUAUCAACUGUCCAAAGAAAGAGAACUGUCCCAGACAUAAGCAAAUGAUAAAGCAGGAAGAGCAGCACUCUUUCAGGCCAGCAUCCCUUCUCCAGGAGGAGGUUCCAGGCCUGCACCAUGCAGCUCGUACCACAGACAUAGCUGAUGGCAGGAAAGAGCUGCAAGGCCUGCCUGAUGGUCGUGAGCACUACAACCUGUCUAAGGGAGACAAGCUUCUCCACCUUGGCAAGGGGAAGAAGAAACAGCAGAUUACACGCUAUGAUUCCCAGCUGAUCCUAGCCAACAACAACUCAGGCGUCCCCAAGUUGACCCUGCGGAGACGAAGGGACAGCAGCAGCAGUAGGAUUGAGCCUGGUGAGGCUGACCCUGUCAAGUCCUCCAGCUCCACAAAGACCAGCAUGAAAUUUGGUAAAAACCAUCACCAUGCAAAGACCAAGAGGAGCUCUUAUGCAGCCAGACUGAGUAAUGGGACUUUCAGUCAUGUGGACCAUAUCCGCUCCUCCAAACACGGCCUCAGUCCUGUGGACCACAUUCGCUCCUCCAAACAUGGCCUCAGUCCUGUGGACCAUAUCCGCUCCUCCAAACAUGGCCUCAGUUCUGUGGACCACAUUCGCUCCUCCAAACAUGGCCUCUGUCCUGUGGGCCACAUUCGCUCUUCCAAACAUGGCCUCAGUCCUGUGGACCACAUUCGCUCCUCCAAACAUGGCCUCAGUCCUGUGGACCACAUUCGCUCCUCCAAACAUGGCCUCUGUCCUGUGGACCACAUUCGCUCCUCCAAACAUGGCCUCAGUCCUGUGGACCAAAUCCGCUCUUCCAAACUGCAGAUUCAGCUGCAGCGUGAGCAGGACAGCAGGAGGCUCAGCCAGUAUCACCAUGGCACUGGGCCCUUCACGGGUAUAGUAGAGAGGGAGGCAGGGGAGGUCUUUGGGCCUACAGUAGCAACAUUUGGGAUGCAUGAUGACACAGAGGAAGACUCGUCCUCCUCUGAAGAAGAGGAUGAAGAAGACGUCUCUGACUCUGACCAUGAAGAGUUUGACGAUGAUUUCAUUCCACUUCCACCAACAAAACGCCUCCGGCUCAUUGUUGGUAAAGACUCUAUAGAUAUUGAUAUUGCAUCAAGGAGAUGUGAAAAUCAGUCACGCACAGUCAAUGCAUGA